AUGGCUGGAUUCAGGGGCAACACGGCGGGCAUGACCCCUUUGGUUGGCUACGACUCUGGUAUCAUCGGAGGUGUCCUCUCGCUACCACCUUUCCAGGAUGACUUCAACUUCAAGUCGAAGCAUCAGACUGCAGUCCAGUCGCUCUCGGUCGCAUUACAGCAGCUCGGUGCUUUCGUUGCUUGCUUUGCCAUCUGGCCGAUCACCAACAGAUAUGGCCGGAAAUGGGCAAUUGCACUCUGUGCCAACAUCUUCUGCAUUGGCGCCGCCAUCCAGACCGCGAACACACACUCCACUUCUGUCUUCUACAUCGGUCGCGUCAUUGCUGGUCUCGGACUAGGUGGCAGCAGCGUCGUUGUACCAAUGUUUAGUGGCGAAAUGGUGCCCAAACAGAUUCGUGGUCAGAUUGGUUCCUUCUACCAGCUCAUGUUCACGCUAGGAAUCUUCACCUCCUACUGGUGUGACUGGGGCGUUGCGCGCAACUACGCCAAUAACGACUCACGCAUGUGGCAGAUUCCGGUCGGUUUGCAAAUCCUGUGGGCUGGACUACUGGUACUCGGCAUGUUCACGGUCAAAGAGAGCGCGAGAUGGCUGAUGGCCGCCGGCAGGACUGAAGAGGCGUGGGAGAGCCUGAAAUGGGUUCGUGCUGAUGACGGCCCGAUCACACAAGCUGAGUUCCAGGAGAUACGCGAGGGUGUCGAACUGGAGGCUCAUGCUCGCGAGGGCUUCCGCAUGGUUGAAAUGAUCCAGGGUGGCAACCUUCGGCGCACUUUGACGGCCUCGGGCGUCUUCAUCGCACAGCAAGCCACUGGCGCCACCGCCUUCGCUUACUACGGACCGCAGUACUUCAAGUUGAUGGUCGGCGGCAAUGCGCAGUCCAACCUCCUUUUGACUGCCAUCUUCGGUGCCAUCAAGGUCGCAGCCUGUCUCGCCUUCGUCCUCUCCGUUGCCGACAGGGUGGGCCGCCGUACCGUCUUCACCGUGGGUGCAGCUUUCAUGGCCGCAUGCCAGAUCAGCACUGCCGUGGUCGUCGCGACUCAUCCUCUCCCGAAACUAGCAGACGCUCACGUCACGCACAGCGGUAUCGCCACGAUCGCUCUGAUCUACCUUUUUGUCAUCGCCUACAACUUCAGCUGGGGUCCGCUUCCGUGGCCCUACGUUGCUGAGAUCUUCCCGGCUCGUACCCGCGCACCUGGCACUGCUAUCGGCGUUGCCAGCCAGUGGUUGUUCAAUUUUGUCUUCAGCUUGACUACCCCAUACAUGAUUAAGAACUUGUCGUGGGGUACAUUCCUGCUGUGGGGCAUCUUCGACAUUUGCAUUGCAUUGUUUGCGUGGUUUUGCCUGUCCGAGACGCAGGGCAAGUCGCUUGAAGAGAUUACGCAGACGACCUCACACCGCAGCAAUACUGGCAUGAGGAACUUGGUCAGCGAGGAGGAUUGCAUGGGCAGUAUGAGAAGUGGUGAGAGCCCAGAUGCAAAGCUCAAGUGA